AUGCGUUGUUUAAGUGAUAAAUUUUUGUGUUUUGUUGAUUCAAGGCACGCGGGAAGAAUUCCUCAAAGGCACAGUAAUAAUUUAAUAGUCGGAGGAACGGAAACGGAUAUAUCAAAAGUUCCAUAUCAAGCAGCUUUAUUGCUAAAAUCUUAUUAUUUUUGCGGUGGAGUCAUAAUAAGCGAAAAAUUUAUUUUAUCUGGUGCCCACUGCAUUGUUUUAUUUGGAACCGAACAAAAUUUAUUUGUAAGAGUCGGUUCUAAUUACACUACAACCGGUGGAUCUUUGGUAAAAGUUAAAAAUUCAACCUGCCACGACGAUUUCAAUUUCGAUACAUACGAUUACGACAUAUGCUUAUUAGAAUUGGAAGAACCAUUGAAAUUUAACGAUAAUAUUCAACCCGUAGAAUUAGCAGAAGAAGAACCGAAAGGUGGAGAAAUCGGUAUAGUCGCAGGAUGGGGUACACUUUCGGAAAAUGGACAAAAUCCAGAACAUUUGCAAUCCGUUUUAAUACCGGUAACGAAUAAAACUGAUUGUUUUAAAGCCUACGAAAUUAUAAGUCCUAUCACCGACAGAAUGAUAUGUGCCGGACUAGAAGGAAAAGAUUCUUGUCAAGGUGAUAGCGGAGGUGGUCUCGUUGUUGAUAACAAACUCGUCGGUAUCAUAUCGACGGGUUUCGGGUGCGGGGUUAAAGAUUUUCCGGGAGUUUAUACGAGUAUCGCACAUCCGGAAAUAAAAAAAUUUGUUAAGGAAACCACCAGGAAUGUUUAA